AUGAAGCUCCUUGAUGUAUCGAUCACGGCGCUAGAGUUAGCAAAGCCUGUAACGGCCAAAAUCCCCAUCCCCGGGCUCAACACCGCCGUCGAAUGUGCCCUCAGUAUCGCGAAGAAAGCCAAGGAGAUCGAAGACACUCGAGAUGACUGCCGAGCCCUCGCCGAACGUGCGGCAACAUCUGUGCUGGCAAUAUACCAGCAGCUCAAGAACGGCGGUGGCGGAAUGGAGGUGGAAGAGCAUGUCACGACGUUUCUGCACAACUUGCUGGACAUCGAGAACUUGAUGGCUCGCCGUCUGCGAGCCAGAAAGCGAGAUCGCUUCUGGCUUGCGCUCAAUUGCGGGAAGAUCGCCCAGGAGGUCAAGACGCUCACCACAAAGCUCGAAGACUCCCAUCGCAAUUUCAUGAUUCAGGCUGCGCUCUCCAUCCAGGACACGCUGGCAAGCGGGAACCUCCGUAUGCUACAGUACAUGGACGACUCAGCACGCGUCGGAGGGAUUGUCGUUCGAGACACCAGAGAGAUCCGCGAUGGCAUCACGCACCUCGCGCAGCACGUCAGUGGGAGCGCCACGUUCGAUGGAAAUUUCCGGCUCUUCGCUCAUGAGAAUCUGGUCCUCUUAGACUCAGAGCCCAUCGUCGACUCGGGAAAGCUGCAUCAUGGCAUGACUGGGUGGAACGGAGACGAACGUACCCUGGUCAACGCCGUCUCUCUCUCGCAGACCGGCCGCGUCUUCCGCCACCGCGCCGUCGUUGAGGCCGCAGGCAACCUGACCGGAACACAGGUGGUCGUAUACGAAUAUCCUAAUCGCGGCAGCCAGCUGUUCGUGGAGGCAGUGAACCUUGCGAAGCAAUCCCGUCGCCAUCCUAAUUUGCUGGCUAUGCUAGGAUACUCUCGUCCAGGAGAUCCAGACCAGGCCGCUUACAUUGUGAUGGAAGGCCGUGAUUUUUACCAGAGCUUUGACAUGGCUGAUUGGUUCGAUAUCCCGGAAUCGGACCUUGACGGGAUGCGCAUCGAAUUCGAGCUAGGCACGGGCGGGGGCCAGAAAAGAUGGCAGAGAUACCAAUUUUCCUGCAUUCCCGUGAAUACAACACUUCUGAUUCGGCAACGUGUAUGCGCGCUGGACGGAUUCGAUGCUGCCUCGAGGAUGAUGCGUGCGCUACCGGAUCUAUCUGUCCUUCAAGGACAAUACGCGCACAUCGGUAUAGCCCUGUACCGAGAAUAUUUCACUGAGACGACCAUCACGAUGAGCGCGCAUGCCACUGAGCAGGUAUACCCACCACUUUGGUUCUUCGUGUUGCAAUUCGACGGCAACGAUGGUUCUGCUCACGACUGCAAUGUUCCGAGCGGAUUCUGGUCGUCGGAGAAGUAUCCCACCUCCGUGCCGGCAGGUAUCAUCUUCGAUUCGACACCGCAGUCUGAGCCCGUCCAAGGUGUGAAAGCUCCACUGUUCACUUCGACACAGGUGCUUGGAGACCUCGUAUUCACCACAGAGACAAAGAUGGCCACCGAUGUUCUGCAGCUCGGUGAAGACGAGCUCCUUGCAUACAGAGAGGUCCAAGAGAGCCAUUAUUCGACUAGUGACACCCAUGCUAGCAACUCGGACGAUUCUGGUGGAGAUAGUGUCGCAACGGACGACAGCGAUGAGGAUGACGCCGAAGACUCUGACACCGAAUCCCUCGCAUCGGGCUCCAGAAACGAUGAUCAUGUCCUUGGGGUGAACUACGAGUCUCCGGAGUCGGACUAUGAGGACGCGACGGACACGGGAGACGAUAGCGCGGAAGAAUAUCAUAGUGCAGAAGAGGACGAAGCCACGGGACUCGCAUGCGGCGAGUGUCCGUCUUGA